ACUGCUGGGGGUGGAGAUACUAACAGCCUGCUGUCUAACACUGAAAGCCCUGCGGCUAGCAAGCACACUGUUGCUUCCAGUACUGUCAUUAUUUACAACAACAGCACAUAAUUGGGAUCUGUAACAUUCCAACAUGUGUAGAGGACUUGCAACCCUUCCUGCAACAUGCUUAAAAAGCAGGAGUUCAGUGAAGAAAAUGAGGAACCAGUUGCUCUCCACUUGUUUACAUAAAACAGAUCUUUAUUCAAGCAGUGCCAAAGACAUCAAACAUAAAAUAAGCUUCUUACUCCAGAAGCCUGAGCCCCAGGCAACAGAUCAGAAGCAGAUAAAAGAGAAGGCUGAUGCUGUGGCUGCUGCUUCUGCUUCUGCAAAGAUGCCUACUCAAGCUGAGGUGGAAAAAUGGAAGGAGUCUUUCAGCUAUGUGAUGAGCAGUCAAAAGGGUCGUAAGGUCUUUGGUCACUUCCUUAAGUCAGAGUUCAGCGAGGAGAACUUAGACUUCUGGGUCGCCUGUGAAGACUACAAGAAGUCCACACCAUCCGAGAUGGCAACCAAAGCCAAAACGCUCUACCAACAACAUGUGGAGGCAGAUGCUCCUAAUGAGGUCAACUUGGAUGCAGCAACCAGAGAAGAAACGAGGCAGAACGUCCAGAAUGCCUGCCCGUCUUGUUUCAAUGUGGCUCAGAAGACGAUCUACACCUUAAUGGAGAAAGACUCCUACAGGCGCUUCCUCAAAUCCAAACUAAUCCAGAAUCUGUCACUGACACAGUCCACUGAUGCUGAUGAGAAGAAGAAAAACUGUAACUAUGCCCAGACCAAGCAGAUAUUAACUGGUGGUGCCUAAAGAGCCAGUCAACAUGGAAGACUAGAGGAAGGUGCCGAAGACUGAAAAUGUAGAAUAUAAUUAUAGAAUAGAGAAACCAGUGGUUUGGAAGGUGACAUUAAUGUGACAUGUGGUCAAGAGUUAAUUUCUUUUUCAAUACUUUUAUGUGUUGUUAAUUCCUGGGUGUCUUUGGUAGUGGCCUAUGUUUGAAGUGGCUUCUGUAUGUUCAUUGGUGCAUAUACCCAAAAAUGAUUUUAUUUGUUUCCCAUUUCUGCAUUCACCAUGAGCUAUUGUAUAUUGUCCAAAUCAAAAUUGUUGCUGACUGAUCAAAUAUGUAAUAUUUUAACGUAAAAUAUAAAUACAGAGACUGUUUAAAUGUUUGCUUCUGGUUUCACAAAUCAAAACACAACCUGUUCUCCAACUCAUGGCUAGGAUAUAUUGAUACUGACAACAAAAAACUAUAUUAAGACAUCUCCACCCAACAGACACACCUUCAAACAACCCCAGUGUCUGUGGAACCUGUUGUCACUGUAAUGUAUCUUUUCUUUAUAAGAAUGUAAGGAUGACUGUAACCUAUCAGUGUUUACAAAUACCUGUGUGUAAUUAUGAUGACGAUAAGUAACCCAGCACAAAUGAAGUGGGCAUGUUUAGUUUUUGGAACUAACUUACAUUAAAUGGACUGUCAUGUAAUCGUGUGCUGUGUAGUGAUGUUUGGCUGCAGUUCGUUAGACCCAGUGUGGUUAUUUUCCAUCAUGUUGUAUUAGAUAUACAAUGUAGUGUUACUUAUCCAUUAGUUUUCCCAGUUUUCUUCUUGCUACCAUCACACAUUCGCACAGCAGCAGAUGGAUGAUAUUAAUGUCCAUGUUCUCAUCACCUUAAAGUAUGUACGUUAUUGAUCAAACCCUGCUGUGUUUCUCAAAGUGUAACCAUAGUAACAACUAGCUGUGCUGUACAAAAAUCUUGAAACGAUCCCUGCACUGUGUAAAUGUUGGCUUUGUCUAUUUCUAGUUGGAAUUUUAAGCACGCUUUAAUGUUGCAGUAUUGAUUUCUGCUGCAUUUCUGUAGUUACUGAGCAGUAGGAGACAAGGUCAAACUGUGACUCAAUGGAUCCAUUUCUAAAAGCUCCUCUGUUAGUCAGGCUGCUUUGGUCAAAUCUUUAUGACUGUAAUUUGUGCAGGGUACUUAAUUAAAUGUUCAUUCUAAUUGAAUAUAUUUUGGUGUUUGGUGUUCAAAAUGUAAACUGUGAAUAACAGAAAACUCAAUACUAUGUGAAGAUAUUUAUUAAAUUAUGCUGUUGUCCUA